CUCUAGUCAUCACAUUGCACUUCACAUCUCUAAAUUGUUUAUAUUUGCCUUCAUUUUACAUAACAAAACAAAAACUUGCAAAUAUUAAUCAAGAUGGGUCUCUUUGAGAUGAAAUGGCUUCGCCGUUUCGUCCGCCGUAAUACAAAUCCCAUACCAGAACAAAGGGCCGAACUGUGGAAACGUCGCUUAAGCCUGGGCUAUGCAAUUUUGGCCUGGCAGGCAUUCGGAUUCGUCUGCUACAUGGUCUACACAGGACGAAAUGAUUGGGCCAAAUACUACGGUUAUAAGACCGAACAGGAUGCAGCUAUGUCACCGGCUCAGCAAUUUGCAAGGCACAUCAAAGUUGAGGGAACGGGAAAAAUUAUACGCUAUUCUGGAUUCAGCAAAGUGGAAGAAGUGCCAUUCGAUUCGACUGCAAAGGAGGAUGUGAAGAAUUAAAAGGAACAUUAAGAUCAAGCUAUAGUUGUAGGGUUUUGUAAUUGUAAACUGUACAUUAAUUAAAAUAAUUCGAAAACUAUCGAAAGCUAAA